CAGUCGUGGUAGUGUGUAGUAAAAAAAGUGCAUCUCUGAAAAACCUGCUGAUUUGUUUGACUGAUGGGAAGGUAGAAAGAGUGGGAGAAAACACUGAAGGCAGAAAAGUAGAAGACAAGAAAGAGGAAGAUUCCUAAGGCACUACUCUUCAGACAUAAGGUCUGUGCAGGUGAUGCAAUCUCCUUUGGGGCUAUUUUUUCUAGGCCUCAUUUGAAUCUGAGGCUCAAGGAUAAAGUCAAAGGACAAGCUGCAGCAAGAUAUUAAGCAGAAUAACUCAAAGAAAUGGCCUCUGAAGAUGACAUGAUAAAUAAAAGACAUGACUUUCAGGGACAGGUGUUCACCACAAAGCUUCAUGUUUUUCAAGGACUUCUCCUUUCUAAAAACCCAGAAGAUCUUAUUCAAAAAAGAUCAGAGCUAAUUACAUUUCCUGCCAAAUACCGAUCUGAACAUAAUUCAAUGCAGCCAUGGGAAAUUACAGAAAGUUUCAAAUCACAUUCUUUGCAAGUAUCAGCUGGUGAUUUGAUUACAAAUGGUAGAUUCCGGAUUUAUUAUGAAAUGAAAUCAUGCAGGGAAGGAACAGCAUUUGAAAGCACCAAAGAAGACAAACCAUACCUGUGUGGAUGGAAAUUACGCUUUUUACCAAUGGCAACCUACACUUUCAACUGUAGAGAUUUAUUUCUCCACGACUCUGUAAUAUCUGACCUGAAGAAACUGGAGUCAAUCAAAGGACAAAAAGAGAAAGAUGAGCAAUGUAGGACUAUACUGGAAACAUACGGCUCUCACAUCAGUACAAGCUAUGUGUAUGGAGGAAUAUGGCUGCUGAAGGUAGAAACAAGAAACUUCUCCCCUGAACACAAACAAAUAAGAAAGAAUUUGGUUCAGGAGCUUAUAGAUCUGAAGUGUGAUGUAUUUGAUGAUAUUAAGGAGUAUACUGAUAAUUCUAUUUUUGAAAAUUUGCUUAGGAAUGAGUACGAUGAAUGUCAUCUGCAAAACACCACUAUCUCAAUUAAGACAUUUGGUGGUCCAGAUAAUCCAGUCUCAUUUCAACAGUGGAGUGAUGGUCUAAUGUCAAAUGAGAGCACCUGGAAAAUAAUUGAUCAAGAAUUUCAGAGCAAUUUGUUCCCAUUAUGGAAGAUUUUGACCUUAAACCACAACAAAGCCUUCCAGAAUUCAAUAUUUGUAGCAAAUGAAAUUAGAAGCUACUGGGAAAAGAAGACAGGUUUAGAGGAUAACAGUGCUGAGGUGGAAGGGAUCCUGACUGCUAAAGAGCUUAGUCAAAGUCUGUCUUAUAAAAUAGAAGAGUGGAACAGAAAACCUGAGGAGCAAUUCACAGCAGAGUGCGCAGACUAUUUAACUGAAUGUACCGAAGUCUAUGCUGAGAUUCAAAGACUUGGAAACAAAAGUGUAGAUGUCAUCUGGUGCCAAAACGUCACUGGUCACAAGUCAAUGCUGGUGUUUUUAAAUCGCCUUAAUACACAUGUGAGAACAAAGCAUUUCCCACCUAUGAUCAUUGAAGUUCUCCAAGAGCAGAUCUCUUUCUUUUUUGGCGUACUCAAAGAUUCAGAUCUUGAUCAGUCUCCAGGCUUUAGUAGAGGUGGAAAGAAUUCUUUAUUGCCUCAGCACGAACACCCGUCAUCUGAAAUUAAAAGCGUAAAAAGUGCAAAAGAAAUAAUUUUAAAAAUUAAUAAUAAGUCUUCUGAUGGUAAUGACACAAUGAAAAGAUUUCAGAAGAUGUUUACCUACAAUGUGUGCAUUGUACUAAUAAAUCUAAAAAGAUUUACACAAAGCACAGGAGAGCUACUCAGUUCAUGUCUGCUUACGGCUCUCUUCUACCCCUACAUUCACAGAUGUGGUGUUCUACCAAAGAACGGUCUAUCACGAGAGGACUGGCAGUCACUCUUAGAAAAUAUACACAAGACAGAGAGCUACAUACAGGAGCUAAAGGGAAUGUCCCGUGACAGAGGACAAGCCUUUGUGUUCUUAAUUGCACUGAAAAAUGGAAGGAUAGAAACAGAACAAAGUGAGAAAAAGGAGCUCCUCAGAGUGCUAGUGGAUGAACUAGGAUCUGAUUUAAGUCCAGACCUCCAUCAUCUCAUCAUAACACAAUCUGGGGAAGUCAAUCCAGAUCUCCACGAGCUAACCGAGAUGUUAGAUUUAAUUAAAUGUAAUGCACAUACCAGACAAAAAUCAAGUAAUAAUGAAGAUGAAAUCCUGAAACUGGUGAGCAGUAAACCUCAUAAAACAGAAGAACUUCAGCAUCAGACAAAUAAAUUCAAAAGAAAUAAUCAAGUCUCUGUAUUACUUGGUUUGGCCGAGUCUAAUUUAUUUUCUAGUACACAAAUUAAAGAGAUAAAUUCUGUCACAAUGCAAUCAUAUAGACCCUCAGGACCGCAAGACCUUCCCUGGUAUGUCAUUCAAAAGCUGAUGAUGGUACACACAGAUGUCAUCAAUGUGAGAUGUAACCAUGAAAAAGAUAAAGAUGAAGUGAAAGAUGACAGUUCAGGUUUUGAAGAUGAUUUGGAUAACCUGAGCUUGGGCCAAACAGAUGAUUCUGACCUUUUACAUCCCACAGAUGUAGUAAUGGCUGUGCUCAUGAGUUCAGAUAUGUUUGUACAACAGGAGCUUAUAUUAAAAAUGUCAAUGUGCCAAAUGGCUGUGCCGUUACUGUUUCUGAAGCCUGACGGUUGUUGCUUUUUCUUUCUUUGGGCACUGAGAACUAUCAAGAAUAAAUGGCACAAGAAGACAUCAAGGAGCACACAACAAAUUUGUUCCAUUGUAGAAUGUGAUAUAGCAACUUAUCAAAUGUUCACCAUUUCCUUUGUCCGAGUUGGACAUUUGAGAAGUUCAAAAUCAGGAUUCCUCAACACUCUCCUCAGUGAUUCUCAGCAGUCUCAUACGUUUUUUGUAUAUUCUCACAUGGAAUGUGGAAAUAUCCCACGUAAAGAUUCAAAUGGUCUGGUUGAGAUUACCUGGUACUUACCGAGUGGAAAGGCAAAUACUGAUUUCUCUGAGCCGAUUGCUGUAUUAAAUCUACGAGGAGAUGCAAAGAGCUUCACCAAGCAGGUCAGGUUUCUUACAAAAGUGUCCUCUGCUGUCUUUCUUUUUGUGGACAAUAUUGCUGAUGAAGAAGAGAAGUUGAUAGCUGCUUUUCAAGACACAAAACUCAGCUGUGUUUUGCUUCUAAACCCAACAGAAGACAAUUUUAAAGCAGUCAAGAGCAGGAUUGAGCGCCUGAAAACCAAUUAUGGGUCUUCACAGCUUAAGGUUCUCCUACGCACAAAUAAAAAUGACUCUGAAUUUAGCAGUAAGGUUCGCUCAGCAAUAUCACACAUCCAGGCUUCUUCAACAUUGAAACUAUCAAUAGAGCAAAUGUCAAAUGUCGCCAGAGAUCAGGAAUUUGAAAUUGAUGUGGAUUAUAUUCCAUGUCAGAAAGGGAAGGACAAGGCAGAAAAAGUUCUUAAAAAUCUGACUGACCUUGCAGAUUUUAAAGAAGAAAAGCUUCCUUUUCAGGGAGCCUCCUGGCUUGAAUACUCAAAACUAGAAAAGUCACAGAUGAAGGCGUCUGGUUAUAAAUCAGCUUUUCAACAUGCAAUGAAUAUGAAACAAAAAAAGAAGGAGAUACGGGAAGAGCAGCUAAAACACACAAUUUCACCAAACGUCAAAGACUUCAUCACAGCUCUUUUGGAAAGUAGUAGUGAGGAAAGGAAAUUCUUCUUGCAAUGGAUGAAGUUAAAACUGGAUUCUCUUUCUGUGGAAACUUUACCUAAAAUACGAGAAGAACUAAAAACAAACACGAAAGACGAAGGUGAGAAGAAAUGUUUGCUAAAGAGAUUAUCUGAUAGUUCACUGGGUUUAGAGCACUUCCUGCGUGAAAUCGGUCAGAUGUAUGAGGCGUAUGUAACAUGUAAUUCAAAGGGACAUGAAAGCUUAUUAAAUCUACCAAGUGCUGCUGCUGACAUUCUACUGGAUGGCUUCCCGGUUGAACUGAUUGAUGGAGAUGUUUCCAACAUACCCCUGAGGUGGGUGUCUGACAUUUUAAGGCAGGUUCAGGAGAAAACCCGUCCUGAUGCUCGCAUAUUUGUUUUGUCAGUACUGGGGGUGCAAAGCUCAGGGAAAUCCACUCUUUUGAACACCUUGUUUGGCCUCCAGUUUGCUGUUGGUGCUGGAAGGUGUACUCGGGGAGCCUUUAUGCAGCUGAUUCAUGUGGGCAGUGAUCUCAGAGAAGCACUGGGGUGUGAUUAUAUUAUGGUGAUUGACACAGAGGGACUGAGAUGUCAAGAAGUGAUGAAUUUAACAAAUGAACAAGACAAUGAGAUGGCAACUCUGAUUGUUGGACUAAGUGAUGUUACCCUAGUGAACUUGUCGUCAGAAUCCAGUGCGGAGAUGCAGGACAUUCUUCAGAUCGUCGUCCAUGCCUUAAUAAGGAUGAAGGAAAUUGGGAAGAAACCCAGCAUCUACUUCAUUCAUCACAAUGUUGCUGACCUCUCUGCAAAGGACAUGAACUUCUCAGGGUUAACACGGCUUCUGGAGAUAUUGGACAAGGUAACAGAAAUCGCAGCAAAAGUGGAAAAUAAAGAAGAAAGCUAUUCCAAACUGUCAGAUGUGAUUGAGUUUAACCCCGAGAGAAACACAAUAUACAUACCAGGACUGUGGCAUGGCCUCCCACCAAUGGCAUCUGUGAGUAAAUGGUACAGCGAACAUGUGUUUGACCUGAAGACAAAGCUUAUUGAUUAUAUUAAAGAGCAAAGAAAGCAGUACAAGCCAUCAUCCAUCUCAGACUUUAUCACACUGAUGCAAGAUCUUGACUCUGCAGUGAAAUCAGAAGACUUCAUAUUUGGGUUUCAGAACAGCUUGGCUGCAAGUGCUUUUGCGAUGCUUUCUUCUGACUGCAGUGACUGGAAAUGGGAAAUCCAACAAACUUUCAUUAAGUGGCAGGAUGAUGCUGAGGAAAAAAUUAAAGCAAGCGAAGAACUGGACUCUUUAUUGGUUAAGUUACAACAAGAUGCUGCCAAAUUAGCAAUAGAUGAGGAAGAGAAAGGGCUUAAAAAAUUAGAAGACUAUUACAAUAGUGAUCUUGAUAACAAAAGACUUAUUGAAAAUUAUAAAGAUUAUUUCACACGUAAUCUGACCACAGCCUGUGAAGAACUUAAACACAAUGCAAUAAAACGAUGCCAAGUUUUUAUUGAGACUUAUAAAAGCAAAAGUGAAUUUCGGAAGGCAUUCAAGGAAUAUAGAGAAACAGUACAGAAGGGUGUUAAUGAGCUGGUGAAGAAAAUCAAACUGGAGCAGAAACAACUAUCUGAGGAAGAACUUAAUGAAGCAUUUGAAAAGAUGUGGGGGGAAACUGUCAAACAGUUUUCAUGUCCACAGAAUAAAGUAAACAUCUGUUAUGAUAUGGAAAUGGCACUCCUGUCAGAUGAAGCAAGAAGAAAAGAUAUCAAAUCUUAUUUAGAAAAAAACGCUUUAAUUGAAAUAGGUAAGAAAGAAUUUGCUGUGACAGACAAACAUAUUAAAAUCAACCACCAUUGGUAUUUAAUGAGCAAACAAUGUCUUUCUACAGACAACAUUAAGAUAAUAGCAACGUCUCUAAUAACAGAGUGUGAAAAGUACAUUGAUGGGUUAGUGAAGAAGGACAGCGACUAUAAUCCAAGCUACUGUGCAGGAGUCAUAAAAGAAAUAGACAAACAAACAGAUGAACUGAGGAAGAAUAAGAACAAAGUUUCUGAUGAAUUUCUUGUGGAAAUCAAAGUUCACAUCUGUGGCAUUGCAGUUCACAAAUUUGAGGAAAUGCACGAACGGUUUAAUAAGGAAAACGAUCCAAAGGCCAAAGUGCAAGAGAAAAAGGCCUUCUACUGUGAAAAGUUUAAGGAUCUUUUCCAUGAUAGAAAUGACAGCCAAAAGCUGGCAAAGUGGUUCUGUGGGUCAUGUUUGAAACCAGCGUUGAUGAAAGAAGUCAAAAGUCAACUUUCAAAAAGCAUUGCCACUCAGAUGAGAGAGACGUGGGCUCCUUUAGUAUUGAAGAGUAUCCCCAAUUUCCAGUUGGCUCUCUUAGUCAGUUUAAAGGAGACAAACAGCUUUGAUGCGUAUGUGCAGUACAUUAAGAAUUAUGAUCAGUUUGCACAAGAAUGGCUGGCCAAGCAGGCUGAGGAGUUUUGGAGAAGUGGUUUUAACAGUGCACCAGUGAUAGAAAACACGGUGCAAAAGCGUUUAAGGGAAGUGAAGGGAGCUUUAGAUGAAAUUACUAAAAAUCAGUUGGGAGACUCAGCAGAAGGCCAUCUGCAAAAAUGUCUUCAAAAUCUGAUGAGUGAUAUAACAUUACAAAGUGAAGAUGUUAGUGGUGUUAAGAAUGUGAAACAAUUUGUCGAUGAUCUGAGUGAAGCUUUAGACAUGCUAAAAAAUGAAUUAAAGUGUGAAAUAGAUAGGAUGGAUAAGGAAAAAGAAGUCAAAACCUUCCUAAACCCUCCCCAUGAGCAGCUCUAUAGCUCCUUAAAAGGCUGUGGGGAGAAGUGUCCUUACUGUGGCACGCCAUGUGAGCUCGAAGGGAACAAUCAUGAACACUACUCGCGAUACCACAGAGCUCUGGCGGUUAACAAUGUGUCACCACGUGUGUUACCAUUUAGGAGAUGGUAUGAUAAGGUGUACUUCAGGUUUUGGUGGUUUAACUUUGAUCAAAGAACAAUGAAUUGUCAGAGUGCACACAUCCACAUGAAAAGCUGCAAUACGAAUGCAUCAGGAGUAAGUCAGUGGGGUGAGCUCUACAAAGACUACACUUCAACAUACUGGCAACAUGUGCUGGAAUCAUUCAGUAAGAAAUUUGCUAAAAAAUACUUUAGUAGACCAGUGAGGGUCAAGGAGAGUGUGCAAUGGGAAGAUGUGGAAAAGGACUUAGAAAAAUGUUACCAAGUGAAGUUACAGGAUCUGAAACACAGAGGUAAGAAGACCUGAGAUAAUAAGGAGUUAGAAUAGAGAGAAGUGUCUGAGCUCAGCCACACGGGGGAAAACAUACAGAACACCCCAAAAAAAUGUAACCUUAGAAACUGGAGGCUUUGUUUGUUGAACGUUUGUUAGAUGUGUAGAAUAGUAUCCAUUAAGUGAAUCUAUUUUAUUAAACCACUCAACUUGGAUAACACGUAAUUCUCACAGCCCAAAAUGAAGAACACCAACAAGCACUCAGGUCAUUCAGGUCAUGUCUCUGCUAUUGAGGGCUUCUUACAAAAGUCUGAACUAAGGGAGAGUAAUCAUACAGAUAGCACAAAACAAAAAUUAACUCAUAAAAAACAGUAUUAAUUGUGAAUAGUUAUUUUUAUUUUCAAUGAUGAUCACAAUAAAAAUAUAUAUAUAUUUAGAAUAUUUCCAUCACGUAACACUGAAGUACAGAAUUGAAAAGAAAUCUAAUUACAGUUUAACCCAAUACACAUUUUUUUCAUAUAUGCAGUAUUGUUCUAAAUCCAUUUAUCAAUAUGAAACUGCUUCUAAUAUUUUUAAAUAUACAUGUGAUAAAACAAUCAUAAGUAUUCAUUGGUUUACUUGUCACUUCUGUAGUUUUUCUCACAGUUUCUUGUGCACCCUUAUGAAUUGUCCAUCAGCAGCCCGCCAUCACACUGACAGCCCUGGCAUCUUCUUUCCGUGUCCUUGAUGUCCUGAUUGAAUUGUUCACCCUGCUCUUCACUCACCACUCCAAGAAUUUCAUGGAUAAAUCCCAAAUGCAAAUUCAAAAAAUGAAGGUUGAAACUCAGGGUGCGACUCAAUUCCUUUAACUUAACUAAUACAUUUUUUUUGCAAUUUCUUUAUAAUUUGGAUCUUUUUAGUGUUACCUAAAAACUUAGAAUUGACUUCUUUAAAUGCAGAAAUAUCUUUAAAUGAUACCCAGGCCUCUCAUUUCAGCUCAUUCACUGUACCAUCAAAUUCAUUUUUCUAAUAUGAGGUCCCUUUUUCAAUUUCACUUCAGACAAAACCAGAAAUGACGGACACAAAUCCCUAAAAGAGGCUCCAUCUUUGACAAACUGCUUCAUUAAGCCAAGUUUAAUGUGCAGCGGCAGCAGCAGCAGCAGCACUCUAUUUGGAUCCAUCAAGUUGGGUCUGAGGAUGUUUGUGGUACCAAGCUGUAGCUUUUUUCCAGCUGGCCGUUCCUUCUGAGCCCAAAGUCAUUCUUAGCUUUGCUGUCCCACGCACAGAGAAAACACUGGAAUUGUGUUUGUCCCGACUGCUCUCCCAGUAAGAUACACUUUAAGGUCCCUAACUACUGCUAUGACUAAUCACUGGGCGACUGGGUUUAAUUCCAGCUAUAGUCUGACAUUAUUAUCAAAUAAAAACUGUUUUGAUUUAAAUGUAGAUUUAAUAUUAGAAAUAACAUAUUCAAAUAUUAUCAUUAAAAUAAAAAU